GGCAUCCAAGUUAAAUGUUAAAGCUCCAACUGCUUCUGUGUCUCAAAGCUCUUUCGUCUAGGAAGUGUAGAAAUAAGGUGUUUUCAGGAGUUGUGUCAUCUCAGCUGCUAACCCAGUUUGUGAUGUCAAGCAUUCUUUUCAACAGGAAUGAGCUUUCAGUGGACAAAAUGAAAAAGAAGAAAAGAAGAGAAUUGACUGAGGAGCAAAAACAAGAAAUUAAAGAUGCCUUUGAGUUGUUUGAUACAGAUAAAGAUAGAGCAAUAAAUUACCACGAAUUGAAGGUGGCAAUGAGAGCCUUGGGUUUUGAUGUGAAAAAAGCCGAUGUACUGAAAAUACUUAAAGAUUAUGAUCGAGAAGCAACAGGCAAGAUCACUUUUGAAGAUUUUAAUGAAGUUGUGACAGACUGGAUAUUGGACAGAGAUCCACAAGAAGAAAUACUCAAGGCAUUCAAAUUGUUCGAUGAUGAUGACUCCGGUAAAAUAAGUCUGAGAAACCUGCGUCGGGUUGCUAGAGAACUGGGUGAAAAUAUGUCUGAUGAAGAACUACGGGCUAUGAUCGAAGAAUUCGAUAAAGAUGGAGAUGGAGAAAUCAAUCAAGAAGAGUUCAUUGCUAUUAUGACUGGCGACAUUUAACAUCAGAAAAGAAGAAAUGAAUUCAUCGCAAAAGGGAGGAAUUACUGACAUCUGCCAUUCCAAUAUUUUGAACUUUGUUUCUGUAGAGUCACGUAGAAGAUUACUUUCCUCGCCGAUAAAAAUAACACAGGUUUUGUAUGCUGAUACUUCAGUACUUUGUGUCAUUAAAUGUUGUGACUCAAAUAACUGAUAUAGCAUGUUAGAAGAAGUAAAGCUACAUUUCAGAAUGUUUGAGUACUCAUUUGUAAAAUAGCUUUGUAUAAGAUUUCUAAAUUAUAUCGUAUUACAAGAGCCUUUUGAAGUUGACUUUGUGUUAUGAUUAGCUAUGGCCUUAGUUUUGAUACAUAAGGUUUGACAAGCUUCCAUUUUAAUAAAAUAUUCUUUACUAUUGCUACCUGAAA